GAUUCAGGCAUUGCUACUACCGACGUGUCGCUCCGGUUCGGGUCGGACAGUUCACGGUUCUCGGUAUGGGGGGCUCUCAGAGCGUGGAGAUCCCCGGUGGGGGCUCGGAGGGCUACCACGUACUCCGGGUACAGGAGAACUCCCCUGGACACCGGGCGGGACUGGAGCCUUUCUUUGACUUCAUUGUGUCCAUCAAUAAUACCAGACUGAACAAGGACAAUGACACCCUAAAAGACUUGCUGAAGGCUAACGUGGAGAAGCCGGUGAAGAUGCUGGUGUACAGCAGUAAGACCCUGGAGCUGCGGGAAUCCACAGUUACUCCGAGCAAUAUGUGGGGCGGCCAAGGCCUUCUUGGAGUCAGCAUCCGUUUCUGCAGCUUUGAGGGGGCCAAUGAGAAUGUUUGGCAUGUACUGGAAGUUGAGCCGAAUUCUCCAGCCGCCCUCGCAGGACUGAGGCCGUACACAGACUACAUCAUCGGGGCAGACACUGUUAUGAAUGAGUCAGAGGACUUGUUCUCGUUGAUAGAAACCCAUGAGGGCAAAGGACUGAAACUCUACGUUUACAACACAGACACUGACAGCUGCAGAGAAGUUGUUAUAACUCCCAACAGCGCCUGGGGAGGAGAGGGCAGUUUGGGCUGUGGUAUUGGUUAUGGUUACCUGCACAGGAUCCCUACGCGGCCUUUUGAGGAGGGAAAGAAGAUCAGCUUCCCUGGACGCGCUCCCAGUGAACCAGCCAGCCCACUGAAGGAUGGCUUCACUGAGGUUCAGCUUUCUGCAGUAACCCCGUCUCCAGUCUCGCAGCCUGCACCCACUGGACUUGAGGAUAGCCUCUCCAGCCUAUCACUCAGCUCAGCUGCUCCAUCCAUACCUGCUGAGCUACACACAGGUGUGCCCACAGUCCCCUUGCUGCCCACUCAGGUCACUCCUGCCCUGGGCACUCUACCUUCGGUCAACCCCAGCACUACGCUACCAGGGCUAAUGCCGUUGCCUGCUGGCCUUCCUCCACUGCCCAACCUUCCUAACCUUCCUAACCUCCCCAACCUCAACAUCCCCUUACCAGACCUCAGUGCUGUAUCAUUAGCAGGCCUGCCUCCCUCUACUACAGGUCUGCCAUCCCUGGCUCCUCUCGCUUCCCUCCCCCCUCUAAACCUGCCUGGAAUGGCUCCUCUACCCAUGCCCAGUGUUUUGCCUUCCACUCUGUCCACAAUGCCUGGAGUGUCUCUGCCCUCUGAUCUCGUCCCACCCGUCACCCCAGCAACCGUCUCCCUGACGGCCAACCAGACCCCAGCACUCAUUCUGGAUGCCACACCUACCCCCGCGGUCACUGGCCCACCCACGGAGACGCUCAUUGCCACAGAGAUGACCUCGCAGGACACAACAGAGGUCAGCGCACAAGCUACCCCGGAGUCAUCAUAACAACCAGGCAUUUCGGCUGCAUCCUAGAAAUGGAUCUCUUUCACUCUGUCUUUCUCUCUUUAUAUAUAUAUUAUCUCUCUCUCUCUCUCUCUUUCUUUCUGUACAUUUCUAUCUCUUUCCCCUGUCUCUCUCAAAUGUAUUUAUUCAGUCUAAAAAUGAUCCAGUGGGUAGAAACAUAUAAAUAAAUCACACAACACUGCUGCGUGGCCACUCUGAGUCCAGAGAGCCAGCUCAUGGGGAGGAUGAGGAUGGACAGACAAAUGAAUGCUGUAAUAGAGCGAUGGAGCCGUUACUUUUUUUGUUUUUUUCCUAUUUUUUCCUCACUUUUUCCUUCCUUUCCCCUGCAUCAUUUUCCCUCUUUCAUUGCUUUCUUUAUGCGUUCCUUCAUUUGUUUUCUGCUCUUUUUUUCACGUAAUCAGUUUGGACUUGUUAGAAAAAUAUAAUUAAAUUCUGUUAUUUCUAAUAGAUGUAAUGAUUGUAUCUGAUGCUUUUAUUUUUUUCUCCUCUUGAUUGUUUUUGCUGCAUGUUUUUUUCUUUGACUUUCACUGCACACCUCUCCAUGAAGAUUGAGUGGGCUUUGAGAGUAUGUUGUGUGUAUGUGUGCAUCCUCUCCCUCUCAGUGAGACCUCUCUGCUGAUCAGAUUUGCUGAUACGCACACACAUACAUGCACCUGCUGUAGAGCUGUGAGGGAAACUGUGGGGAAAGUCGUGAGCUUGUGCAAAUUUAAGGUUGUAAAGAACACACACAAGCAAUAAAGUACAUGAGGUUUUACAGUA